AUGGAAGGUAUCGUUGGUGGUGGACCUUCUACAGAUGACAACACCAAUAAUAUCAACAUCAAUAACAUAACCAAUAAUAGUAGUAGUAAUAGUAAUAGUAGUACUAUUAUCAAUAAUAAUAAUAAUAAUAAUAACAUUAAUAAUAAUGAAAAUAAUAACAUAACCAAUACUACUUUAACAAAUAGUAGUAGUAGUAGUAGUAGUAGCAGCAUUGACAAUGAAAAUAAUAAUAAUAACAACAACAACAACAAUAAUAUAGUGAUAUUAAAUAAAAAUACACUUACUAGCUCAACAUCUUCAAUAGCUACAACAACAACUACUACUUCAUCCAAUACUACACCGAUCGUUAUAAGUAGUUUAAAGAAAGAACUAUCACCAUAUUCAGUGCCUUAUAUUCCACAACCACAACCUAUUCAUAUUAAUAGCAGCAGCAAUAACAACAACAGUCUUAGUAGUAGUAGUAGUACUCUAAAUGUUAAUUCAUUACCUUAUAAACCAUCGAGUUCAACAAUAAGUAGUUUACAACAACAACAACAACAACAACAGCAACCAAAGAUAUUGACAAAUACCAACAAUCUCAGUAUUAUAAAUAAUAUUAAUAAUAGUAACUAUAUUGGUACAAAUAGUAGUACAUCCAACAUUCAGAUAUUAAAUGACAGAUUGACCAAAGAGAAUAUCGAACAACUAUUUGCCAAUAGAUUUCAUUCAAAGAAUAAUAUUAGAGAAGCCGUUACAUCAACUUUCAACUCUCUAUUAUAUACAUUAGAGAAUUUAACAACCAUCAACAACAACAAUAAUAAUAAUAAUAGUAAUGUUAAUGUAGUAGGUGGUAUUGGUGUUGGUUUAGGUGGUAUUGGUAGUGGAAGUAUAAGUGUUACUGGUGUUAUUGGUAAUGUUGGUAGUAGUGGUAGUGGUAGUGGUGGUAGUGGUGGUAUUGCCACCGGUGUUAGUCAAUUUCAAUAUCUCUUAGAUCUUGUAGGUGAUAUGAUCGAUAUGAUAAGAUUGGAGAAUGAUUAUAUCAUCAAGUUGUUUAAGACAUCCACUGAGAAAAGACCAAAUGUAAAUAAUAUUACUACACGUACAACUUUGUUAUUCAUAAACAAACCAGCAACAACUGCAACAACUACUACCUCAUCAAGUGGUCAGUUGUCAGACGGCACUACCAAGCCAACAACUCUUCCCUACGACGACAACGAUUCAUUCUACAUCAGUGUAUUAACACAUAAUUUGAAUCUAUCAACAAAGAUUGCUAAAACAAUAUAUUCAUUACAAAACAAUCAACAACAACCACAAAGUAAUCAACAACAAAGUAAUCAACAACAACAACAAAUUAAUGAUAUGUCAUUAUCAAUUGAAACAUUGCUAUUAAAAUCUGUCGUUGGGUUGUAUGGUUGGAUCUGCUCUGACCAGUCUGACUGCGCUGAUACCGCUGCUGAGGCUGUCCGCCAGUACAAAGGAACAUCUUCAGAAUAUUGUGAUGAACGAACUACGAUUGAAUCCCGAGGAAGCGAUACUACUGCUACACGCAACACUACUGCCCAAUUCACUGAACGCACUGAUACCGCUGCAGGUCAAAGAGAUAUUCCGUCGACUCUCCUCACUGGUCUACUACACAAAGUCAUCAAUCGUUCAAUCGACACUACCCAAAUAGGUUUAAUAUCUAAAAGAACAGAAUCAACUGUACUAUUAUCAGAUACAGAUAUUAAUGUACAAAAGAAUUAUUUAUGUUUAUUAUCUAAAACGGUUUCACAAAUUGAAUAUAUCAAUCAGAAGAAUCAGAUAUUGAAAGUUAAUGAUAUAUCACUACCAUAUAAAUUAUUAUUGAUGAGAUCACAAGGUGUAGCAAGUCUAUCAUUUACGGAUUUCUUUAAAUUGAUAUUCGAUACUCUAUACAAUAGUUCACUGUCAAUGGAGCCUGUCACAAAGAUAAUAAUGAAUCAAUUCUUUGAUAUCAAUUUCUUGGCUACUUUUCAAUUGGAUCAUAAUAAUAGAGUUGAUUUAAGGAGAGUAGAACAAUUGUUAGUGACUUCGGAUGAAUUGAUGUGGUUCUGGACGAUGUGGGAAUGCGCAAGAUAUUGUAUUACCUACAAGUUGAAGACACCGUUUGGUACGGGUGUCCAGACGUUUGGAAUAUUCGAGAGUAUCAUUCUGCAGUUGAAUAAGGAGCGUACCGAUUUCAAGAAGAUCAAAAUCAUGUUGACCUUUAUGGAGAGUCUCGAGAAGCAGAUCUUCUCUGCUGCGUAUGGCUCGGUGAUAUUGCCCUCGCCACAGGCCAAGGAAGUCUACUUUUUCAAGAUCAAUUGGCGUGUCAGUGAAGAUUGGUUCAGUCGCAUUCGUAUCAAUCUACUGAAAGCCAGUAUUCUCUGUUGUUCUGCACCGGACAUCAUCAGACAUGCAUCGCUUCGAAUUGCCGAUAUUCGCGCCAAUCGAUUCAUCGAUCCUGCCAACGCUCAAUUCGAAUUGGAAUUCUGCGUACUUCAUCUUACCAACGCACUUUCAAUCAUGAAUGAAACAGAGAUGCUACAAGGUUUAUCGAAAUGGAUUGACAUAAAUUAUCCAAAAGUAAAUCAACAGCAACUACAACAACAAGUUCAUCAACAACAUCAACAACAUAAUUCAAAUGUAAAGUUAUCAACUCCAUGGAUAAAUGGUAUUAUUUUAGCAAGUCAACAGAGAUAUGAAGAAGCAAUUCAAUCGCUAUCAAACUUGGUUGAAACAACUGAACCAAAUGUAUUGUCAUUUCCAUUCGUUGUUGAACACUCUAUCAAGUGUUAUUUGGAGUUGUCAGACUACACUGAGCUCGAUCACUUCCUCCACAAACAUGGUAGUAGAAUCAAGUCUACCAACAUUGCCUAUAGAGAACGAUAUCUCAGUGCGCUAGCAUCGUUUUCACGAUCCGAUAUGGAGACAUCACGUGCUUUCGUCAGUGAAUUGAUCGCGCAACCAACUUCACCUGUUCAAGGUGGCCUUGCAGCUAAUUCCAUUGCGACCGAAGAGUUGAUUCUAGCGAUGAUGAUUAUUCAACGUGAUGAUAAUCAACAUUCAUCAUCGUCGUCCACCGCUGCCAACUUUCAAUCGUUUGCAAGUCGUGCUCAUUCCUAUGUCCACGAAGCACUGGCUGUUGUUGGACACGAGUCGAAUGUCCAGACAUUCCAGUAUCUCGCACAACUAAAGAUAAUCGAUGAGCUCGAGAAUGGCGUUGCUAUCAAUGCCAACCACGAGAUCACUGGCGAAUCAAACAAUGAGCUAUCACAUCCACUUGGAUUCCUCGAGCGUCUCAGACGUACACGUAAUCAUCUCUCUGCCAUCCAACAUCGUCACGAUCUCCUGUUCCACAAUAUUCCGCUUACCGAGACACUGAUAAAGCUAUCGAGAAAGUCUGGUAACUUGAAAUUCACAAAUCGUCUUUUGAAUUCGAUAUUGGAAUCACAUUGUCCAUCGUAUCAUUUGGAGCGAUCCAAGCUAAAGUACAAACAAGAUCGUCGGUUGGAAUCUUUCACCGAUCUGAUAAAGUAUACCUCUCAGUUUGGUGAGAGUAGCAAUAGCACUUCUGUGGCGAUACAGGCGAAAUCCUAUAGACAGAUCAUCAAGGAGUUACUUGCCAACUGCCAGAGUGCACCGUUCCAAGAGUAUCUACAGACACAGCCAGCUGAAUACUCUGAUCCAGAGUACUUCUUUAGGAAGGCGACAACUGUCACACCCAGAAAUCCAAAGCUGCUGCUUAGCUAUGCAAAUUGGGCAUUGGAAUCGGCAGAGCAAUCUCGUGAUGAACAAGUACGUAAUCGCUUGUAUCAAUGUGCAGUUGAACGUUACUUUGAAUACCUGGAGUGCGACGUUGAGAGUGGAACUACCAUUGAAACAACUCUUCGUCUCUUGAAUAUUCUUGUUAAUCACGGACAUCAAAUCAUUGAGACAUUUGAGAACUGUCUGGCGAUGAAUCGCUCAUCGAAAUACUUUGCCAAUAUUGUUCCGCAACUGUUUGCUCGUCUCAAUCACAACGAUCGAUUGAUUCAACAACUGAUUGUCGAUAUUAUCAAUGAGAUUGGUCGUGACAAUCCUCAUGCCAUUGUCUUCCCAACGUUGGUAAGUGGCGGACAUCCUUCAAUACACAAAGAACUCUCGCGUCAUUCGCCCGUGUUAGUACGCGAGACCGAAGAGUUUAUCAAAGGAUUGGAGCAACUCACCAUUCUCUGGGAGGAUCGCUGGCAACAGCUGAUGGAGGAGAUUCACGCGUGGAUUUAUCACGUGCGUCCUCGAUGGCUCGACGAGUAUCAGGCGAUGAAGAAAGCAAAGCUUUCUCAUACAACUUCGCGUAUCAAGCGAAAGAAUCUUCAGUUGUUCAUGCCGAUUCUCGAGAAGAUAAGAAAGUUAUUGUCGGCAACACUGCUCGGUCAGUGUACGACCGCCUACGAACGUUGGUUCAUCAGUGUUCACUAUGAGAUGGUGAACAAAGUCAUUCGUAACGUUGAGAAACAAACGAAACCAUCGAAUCCAUUCCUCUCACUGCAAGAGUUGAUUCAACAUUUCGCUGUCAAUCGUUUGCAAGUCAUCGAUAUCACUGCGGUCAAUCCUUCGCUCCACGAAUUCCGACCAACUUCCAUCAAGAUGCCGGGAAUCACAGAAGGAGAAGUCAUGGUGCAAUCGAUACACUCACAGGUUCUUGUACUUCCAACCACCAAAACCAAGCCGAAAAAGCUAACCAUUCUCGGAAACGAUGGUGUAGCCUAUGCCUUUUUGUUAAAGGGUCGUGAAGAUCUACAUUUGGAUGCACGUGUAAUGCAGCUGCUGAAUGUAAUCGAUCAACUGAUGAAGACCAACAAGCAGAGACAGUUCAAACUCCUGAGAACUAGAAACUAUGCAGUCGUUCCACUGAGUAGAGCGGCCGGUUUGAUCCAGUGGGUUGAGAAUGCCGUGCCGAUGUUCUCGAUCUUUAAGAAUUGGUAUCGCAAUGAACUCUCCUACAAGGGUGUGAAUCCAUCGGCUCUCACCACCCCGCCAUUGCCAAGACAAUCGGUGCGUCCCGUCGAUAUCUUUUACUCGAAACUCGAUCCACUCUUUGCUGAACACGGACUCACCAGAGGUAUGCUUCACCGAAACGAAUGGCCAAAAGAUAUCCUCAGAAAGGUAUUCAUUGAACUGACUGCCGAAACACCGAAAUGGUUGCUUUCACGUGAACUCUGGUAUUCAUCUUGUUCCACAUCCGAGCUAUUCUUAAAGACUCAAUCUUUUACUCGCUCCAUUGCAGUCAUGUCGAUGAUUGGUUAUCUGAUUGGACUUGGUGAUCGUCAUUUAGAUAAUAUUUUACUUGAUAUGAAAACAGGUGAAAUUAUUCAUAUAGAUUAUAAUAUUUGUUUUGAAAAGGGAUUACAACUUAAAGUUCCUGAAAAAGUACCUUUCAGAAUGACACAAAUGAUUGAACAUGCAUUAGGUUUAACUGGUAUUCAUGGAACUUUCUCAGAGACUUGCAAUAUAGUUUUGGAUUUACUUAGAAAGAAUAAACAAACACUUUUGAAUAUCUUGGAGACAUUUAUAUAUGAACCAUUAACAGAUUGGAAGAUUAAACAGAUAAAUGAAACAAUGAAAGAUAAUAAUGAUGAUAAUGAUCAAGAAGAAGAUAACAAGAAUAAGGAAGAGGAAUUUGAGAAUAAUGAUAGUGAUAAUGAACAUUCCAGUGAGGAAGAAUCAACUACAGAACAAUUCGAUUUGGAGGAUGGACCACAAAUGGAUAACGAUGCCAAGGAGAUGGCAAAGGCCAAAGAGGAUAUCAAGUGUCUUCAAGGUCUUACCAUCUUUAAUCAAGUAAAGAACAAACUGGAAGGUACCGAACAAAAACUUUCAGUCGAAGCUCAAGUCGAGAUGAUUAUCAAGGAAUCACUACGUAUUGAUAAUCUGGCUGUAAUGUACGAGGGUUGGACACCAUGGAUUUAA